AUGUUCCGUCUCUGCGAGUUGAAUAUGUCGGUCGUGGAGACCAGCCCUUUGCGUGAUGAGAUCAGAGUGAGAGGUGUUAGCGAGCGUUGGGAGGAGUUCGUGGCUCUGGUUGGCCAAGACUAUUUGCCUGUACCUCUUGGAGGACGUCGUUGGAGAAACCGAGUCACUAAGGAUAAUGCUUCGAUCGGCACCGAUCGAAGCAUUAUCCUUACGACUUCGGUCGUAAG